AUGCCAGUUAGGGCCAGCUUAUCAAGCAGCCGGUUGUCUCACCCCAGCUCUGGAAGGAGCACCUUCUGCUCCAUCAUUGCUCAGCUAACAGAGGAGACCCAGCCACUAUUCGAGACCACGCUCAAGUCCCGGGCUGUGUCCGAGGACAGCGACGUCAGGUUCACCUGCAUCGUCACAGGAUACCCAAAGCCAGAGGUGACCUGGUACAAGGAUGACAUGGAGCUAGACCGCUACUGUGGCUUGCCAAAAUACAAGAUCACUCAUCAGGGCAACCGUCACACACUGCAGCUCUUUAGGUGUCAAGAAGACGAUGCCGCCAUCUACCAGGCCUCUGCCCAGAAUUCCAAGGGCAUAGUGUCCUGCUCCGGCGUCCUAGAGGUGGGCACCAUGACUGAGUACAAGAUCCAUCAGCGCUGGUUCGCCAAGCUGAAGCACAAGGCUGCGGCAAAGAUGCGUGAGAUUGAGCAGAGCUGGAAGCACGGGAAAGAGGCAGCAGGAGAGGCCGACACCCUGCGCAAGCUCAGCCCCGACCGCUUCCAGCGAAAGCGGCGGCUGAGUGGGGCUGAGGUGCCAGUCCCCUCGGCUCCGACUAGAGAGGCUGAGGACAGCACCCAGGUGGCUUGGCAAGAGGUGGGGACUGAGUCUAGUCAGCACCCCGGUUUGGGCCUGAUGAACAAUUUUUCCUCCGGAGAGGUUACCACCAAUGGGGAUGCUGCCCCUGAGAAUGGGGAGGCUGGGGAGCACGGCCUGUUGACAUACAUCUGUGAGGCCAUGGAGCUGGGGUCUCAGAGAGCCCCCAAAAAGGAGUCUGGGGCCAAGAAGAAAAAGAAAGAUGAGGAACCUAAGCCAGGCCUACGGAAGCCAGAGUUAGAGAAGGCAGCGCUAGGCGACCAUUCUGAAAACUGUGGCCCCAGUACAGACAAGCCUGACUCUUGUGGGACACAGAGGCCCAUGGACACAGAGCAGGUUCACACCCAGCCCAGAGGUAGGGCUACGCGGGGGCCUACGUCUUCCAGAGUAGAUAGUACCAGGAAGCCAGCUUCUGCCAUGGGCUCUCAAGACCAGGCCCAGAAUGCCUUGCCCGCAGCCCCUCAUGGGGAGGGGGUGUCCCACACCCCAAGUGGCAGGGCGCCUGGAGAAAUGCCCUCAGGGAAGAUGCCCGGUGAGGCCACAGGUGAGAGGGGGCCUACUGCUCCUGGCCAGCCCACACCCUCAGCCCCCCAGCCAAAUAGGCCUUUCAACAGGAAGAGAUUUGCCCCUCCGAAGCCCAAAGUGGAGCCAACUGCCAACAGCAAGCCUGAUUCUUCCAUGAGUCAGGCUCCAGGACCUGGAGCCCAGAGCUUAGGGAAGGCCCCACCUGAGGACUCUCCCCAAGUGCCCACACCCCCUGCCCGGCGGAGACACGGCACCCGGGACAGCCCCCUGCAGGGACAAGCAGGCUACAGGACUCCAGGAGAGGUCCUGGAGUCCCAGACGACCAUGGCUCCUACCACAUCAGCCAGCAGCAGUGCUGAUAGAGCCUCUGCUGGCGGCAGCACCCCCAGAAGUCAGGGUGUCAUCGAGCCCAUGGAUGCAGAAACCCAAGAGAGUAGAACAUAUGCUGACAGGAAACUUGGAGACGAGAAGAAUACAGAGGCAAAUGGGAAGAUGCAGGUGGAUGGCAGGCCGCAGGGAGAUGGAACGCAAACAACCUUGAGGAUGCAGACAGACAAGAAGACACAGGUGAACGUUGUGACACAAGAAGGUGAGAGGGUAGUAUCAGAUAGGAGAUCCCAGGAGGAUGUGAUGGCACAGGGAAGGACAGGGACAAAGGUAGGAGGGACACAGGCAAGUGAGAGGACACAGGAAGACAGGAAGACACUGGCAUAUGCGACGACACAGGAAGACAGAAGGAUACAGGAAGGCAAGGGGACACAGUCAGAGGGGAGCAUACCCACAGCCGUUAAAGGUCAGCCAGAGAAGGAGUCGGUGACCCGCCUCGGCCCACAGCCCAGAGCCCCCAAACUCCCACCUUCAGAGGAUCCUAGGUCUCCUCAAAGUAUUGAAUACUUUGAGCAGACCCCAGAAGGGUCUUGUGUCCCGGAAAAACUUGGUUUCAUGCUCAGAUCUGAAGAAGCAUCAGUAACAGCCUCUGGGAACCAAGAGGAAACUGUGCUGGGUCCCCGGGCAGGGAGCCUCAUGCUCCCAGCACAGCUACCUCCUGAGGGUAGCUUAAUGGGAAGAGAGAGAGAUCAGAGCUGGCAGCGGUCAGGCCCAGUCAAGGACAAGCCAGAGGAUGGCCUGUUCCAGUGCCCCAAGGAGGAGCAGCUGGGCGAGGUGCUGUCUGUGGAUCUGGGCAGCUGUCCUCCCACUGGCCCAAGCCCGGAGGUGCCCACUCUGCCCUCUCUUCCUGGGGCUGGUCUAACUGACAACUCACAGCAGGGGCUGCCCAGCACCCUGGCUUCUCAGCACAUGAGUACUACCUUCCUGCCCUCUGGGGACCAGGCCUUGAUGAGUUCUGUUCCCGCACUGCACCUGGGGCUGGGGACCCCCACCCAGAAUCACCCACCAGAAGCCAUGGCAGCCAGCAAUGAGGGGGCCUGCACCAAGAUGCCCAUUGUGGAAGAGAAGCCCCCAGGCCUCCGGAGCUGCGACCCUGGCCUCAUAGAUUCCCUGAAGAACUACUUGCUUUUGCUGCUGAAGCUGUCCAGCACAGAGACAAGUGCAGGGGGCACAGAGUCCCAGGAGGAUGCUGUCCCCGGGGGCCCAGCACCCUCGGCCAAGCUGGCCCCAACCGUGGAAGUGGCCGGUCUGAGUCCGCGCACGUCUCGGCGCAUCCUGGAGCGCGUGGAGAAUGACCACCUGGUGCAGAGCGCACAGACCCUUCUGCUUAGCCCCUGCACCUCCCGCCGCCUCACCAGCCUCCUGGACCGCGAAGUGCAGGCUGGCCGCCAAGCUCUGGCUGCUGCCCGUGUCCCUGUCCCCAGCCUCCUCACUGUCCCAGCUAUUGUGGUAGGCCAGGAGGAGGGCCCUGAGCUGGCUUCGGUAGAGUCGGGGGAGGGGGAGGCUCCCCUUGAGGGGCUUGGUCUCCUGAGCCCCUCCCAGGAGAGCAGUGUGGAGGAGCUGCCGGCCGAGGCAGGUGGGCAGACAGCCCCUGGUCAGGGGCCACUGUCAGCAGAGAGCAGAACCCAGGAACCUUUCCGAGAAGUCCCAGGGGAGGUGCUGACAGGUCUCCCUGCAGCUACCCCUGAAGAACUGGCUCUGGGGGCCCGGAGGAAGAGGUUUCUCCCUAAGGUCAGAGCAGCAGGAGACGGGGAGGCCACCAAGCCUGAAGAAAGAGAGAGCCCCGUGGUCUCCCCCCGGGGUCCCAGGAAGGGCCUUUCGCCUGGGUCCCCAGGGACUCCCGGGCGGGAGAAACGCUCACCUACCCAGGGUCGAAAGGCGGGCCUGCUGGCGGUGCCACAGGCAGAGGAGGAGCCAGCAGCGGGAGACCUGGGCUCCAGCUCCAAGGCCAGCGAGCUGAAUGCGGAGCUGGCCCUGGAUGAAGGCAAGCAGGAAACUCCAGCCAAGCCGAAGAAAGCCAAGGACCUGCUGAAAGCCCCACAGGUGAUCCGCAAGAUUCGGGUGGAGCAGUUUCCUGAUGCCUCGGGCAGCCUGAAGCUCUGGUGCCAGUUUUUUAACAUUCUCAGUGACUCGGUCUUGACAUGGGCCAAGGAUCAGCGCUCAGUGGGCGAGGUGGGCAGGAGUGCAGAGGACGAGGGGCCGGCAGCCCUGGCCAUCGUGCAGGCGGCCCCUGUGGACUGUGGUGUGUACCGAUGCACCAUCCAAAACGAGCAUGGCUCAGCCUCCACGGACUUCUGCCUCAGCCCUGAGGUUUUGUCAGGAUUUGUCUCCAGAGAAGAAGGUGAAGUUGGAGAAGAGAUCGAGAUGACCCCUAUGGUGUUUGCUAAGGGUCUGGCUGACUCUGGCUGCUGGGGGGACAAGCUCUUUGGGCGCCUGGCAAGUGAGGAGCUACGAGGGAGUGGACGUACGUACGGCCUUCGGAAAGCCUUCCAGGCCAAGGUCAUCUACGGGUUGGAGCCCAUCUUUGAGUCGGGCCGCACGUGCGUCAUCAAGGUGUCCAGCCUGCUGGUGUUUGGGCCCAGCAGUGAGACUUCUCUCCUGGGCAGAAACUAUGACGUCACCAUUCAGGGGUGCAAGAUCCAGAACAUGAGUCGGGAGUACUGCAAAAUCUUUGCAGCUGAAGCCCGGGCCGCACCUGGCUUUGGGGAGGUGCCUGAGAUCAUCCCACUGUAUCUGAUCUACCGGCCUGCAAACAAUAUCCCAUACGCUACCCUGGAGGAGGAUCUGGGCAAACCCCUGGAGACUUACUGUUCCCGGGAGUGGGGCUAUGCCGGGGCGCCAGCAUCGUCUAGCAGCUCAGAAGCCAUGCAGAAGUGCCAGACCUUCCAGCACUGGCUAUAUCUGUGGACGAAUGGCAGCUUUCUGGUGACAGAUCUGGCAGGGGUUGACUGGAAGGUGACUGAUGUGCAGAUCGCCACCAAGCUGCGAGGAUACCAAGGCCUCAAGGAGAGCUGUUUCCCUGCCCUGCUGGACCAGUUUGCCUCUUCUCACCAGUGCAACACCUUCUGUGAGAUGCUGGGGCUGAAACCCCUCAAGGGUCCCGAGGCUGCCCACCCCCAAGCCAAGGCCAAAGGCUCCAAGAGUCCAUCUGCCGGCAGAAAGGGACCCCAACUGAGUCCUCAGCCCCAGAAGAAAGGCAUCCCCAGUCCCCAGGGCACCCGGAAGAACGCCCCAAGCUUCAAGGCCACUCCUCAGGCCUCAGGGGCAGUCGCUACGCAGUUACUGGGACAGCCUCUCAUCCAUGAGGAGGGCUCCAAGGCCCAGGGCACACGGUAGCCCCCACAGGAGGCUGGGGGCCUCCACCCAGCAGCAAACCAACAAGGAAGCAGCUCGAACUGGUGGAGACUUUCCCAAUACAGACGAACCAGAGAAGGUGCACUGAGAAGGCUCCAUUUAGGGGGCCUCUCCGAGCAUCCUCUCCUCAGUGAGCUGCUCAGUCAGAUGGCUUUGGUGCAUGGCACACAGCCCAGUGGCAUCUCCUGGUGCCAUGUGACCCAGGGCUUCUAGGCCCCACCUCCAAGUGCCCCGGGGGCUGAGGCCCUCCUUGAAGUUUACACUGGCUACUGCUGCAGGCUCCCCGAGUCCUCUGCAUGAAUUCUGCACCCUAACCCCUCGCCCCAGGCAGACGGUGUCCUCUGGGGCACACAGGCUGGCACUUACCCUCAGCCCUCUGCUUGGCGCUGGUCUUUCUCUGUCCUCAGGGCUCCAGACUUCCUCUGCUGUGUCUGGCCUGGUGACUCUCAGGGUGUCUUCUUCUGGCUACUUUGCCUCAUUCAUCCCAGCUUACCCUGCAACUAACUUGUCCCUGAGCCUAGGUGGGGCUCAGGGCCCUUGCCGAACCUGUCAUGUCCUUGUGCGGUGGUCUUUGGUGACGUGUGUUCUUGCUCUUCCUUCCCUCAUCACUCAGGCACUCACCUGCUUCCCGUGCUUUCUUGCACCCCACCUCCCCAUUCCUGGCUUUGAGCCCAGUUGCCGCCUACUGCCUGCUCUUUGCUCACUUUGCUUGUCCCCUUAUCUGAUGGCUCCCUAGCCUGCCCCAGAAUCCUACCCACCAGGACCCAGGUGAGGGGCAGACUGUCUGGCCUCUAGUCCACCCCUGUCUACUCCUCCCCUACUUCUCCCAGGCGCUCUGCCCAUGGGUGAGAGCUGACAUGAGAGUCGUGUCAGCAGCUGUGGCCAGAGAGAAGGUGUGGACUUGGAGGGACAUUGUGCUCCUUACUGAAAGGAGGUAGGGUCCUGUGAAUUUCACAUCCCCUCCUCACCAGGGACGGAGGGCUGGGACUCUUCUCCACAGGGAGGUAGUAUGGGAAUUCCAGGAAGGAUGUAAGCCAUCCACGCCUGGGUAGAGAGGUGUCUCUGUGCCCAGGACUUAGGACCCCUGCCCCCAACCAUUAGCUCUGAUGCUGGAGCUCCAGCUCUACGCCCUCAUAUAUGGGCUCCCAAGGAAUUGCUGUGCUCCGCACCCUGGGUCCUUCCUGAGAGCCCCUGCUGGGGGCCCUGGAAGGGGUGGGUCUGGAGCUAGCCUGCUCCCUUUGAAAUGCAAUAAAGGCAGCAACUGUGUUUCCUGCUCACCCUCAUCUGGUUUGGUUGUAGGUGUAUGGGCUCAGGGUCCCAUCUCCCCAGGCAGGUUCUCCCAGGGCGACCUACAGUCCUUGGGCCCACUGGAAAAAUGAAUCCAUGUUUUGGCUCCUGAAUUGAUGUGCAGUCUCAGCCUUAUGUGGGCACAGCUCAGUCGUCUGUGCUUUUUGUGCAAUUGUGCUGAUGGCUUGUGCCCCUUAGCAGGGUGUCUGGGGACUUGGGCCCGGAUUGGAAUUGCUCCUUCAUGUGGGAGAGGAACACAAAGGAACCCAGGUGGGAAAAGCAAAGCUGGGGGCUCAGGGGAAACACCAGUGUCUGGCUACCUCUGCUGCAGCCAGCCCAGCCCAGGGAACAGCCAGCGUUUGCCUCUCAGCCACUCACUGAUCCUUUCCUGCCUUUCAAACAGUAGAGAGGCUUCUCAAUCCCAGCCCUCCUUGCCACACCCCCAGGGCCUUUCUCUUGCCUGAUGUUUAUCUCCUCCCAUCUUGAGCUUUCUGACUUCUCUGCCUUUCGUGCUCAGGUGACUUUUUCCUCUUGCCCCAAGGUGCUUCCAGCUCUCAGCCUGCCUAUACAGAUUGCCUUGCUGAACCAGAGCUGGAAUAUUGUUUACUUGUUUAUUCAUUCAUUCAUUUAGCAGACAGAGAGAGCACCUACUUUAUGCCAGACCCUGAGCUGACAGCUCUUGAGGGGCAAAGAUGUAUGAAGCAGUCUCAAAAGAUACUCUUUCUGUUAGGUUUCUGGGGUUUUGAGCAACAGAAGUGGACUCAGACCAAUUUAAGGAAAAAAAAGGGUUCGUGGGAAGGGUGUUGUAGUAGCUCACAGAACCAGGGAAUAGCUGAGCAACUGGCCUUGAGAAGUGGGGCCAGGGUAGCUCUAAGCCUGCCUUCCAGGAGCUGCUGCUGCUGGCAGGUCAAUACCAACCAGCUGUCUGUCACAGUGGGUCCCGGUUUGUUCAAGAUCCAAGUUCCUGGCCUGGAGUUAAGGGCCUCCUGGAGUGAGAGAGAGGCAGUUCUCCAAAGGAUGGAAAUUCUUUCCAGAAGAAUGGCAGAGAGCAGGAGGGUAGAAAGGGCUCGGUGGGUAACAACAAAAGAUACUCCCACACACGCAUGCGUGUUGUGCUUCCCGUCUGAUGUAUUAAUGACUCUUCCACAUACAACCCAAAACAAAUUCUUCUCUGCUAAGGGAGACCAUUCAAGGUCACGUCCAGUGACUAAGUCCAAGGGUAAUGACUAGGGCUACCAUUCUCCAAAGUCUAGUUUCACUAGUGAUACUCUGCUUUCUUUUAUCACAAUCCCAUUUUGAAAUUCUGCAACCUGUGGAUUAAGUGGUAAAAUUAACCAUUUUUAAUCAAAAUUAUAUAACUGCAGGAAAGCACAUGUGGGUAAAGGCUGCAGUCCAUCUGUUGCUGGUCAUGAGAACUAGCGUUUAUAACUAGUGAUUUUUGCCUGUUGGAGUGACCUGAAUCUUCAGUAUCGAAGUCCAGCUCCUUGGUGGUCUUGCCUGGGUGGCAGCAUUUCUCAUUGGGUGUGGCAGUACCAGGAACACUCUAGGAACCCCUCACGUCCGCUUGUACCCAUACCCCUUUUCUGUAACAGGAUGCAUAUUUUUUCUUGAUAGAGUUAAUCAUCCUAGCUGCUCCCAUGAUCUCUUGUUCUGUGUCAUUCAGAGAGAUGAGGAGCCUGAAAUGGCCAGACGCCUCAGCUUCCAGUUCGCUUGAGGGAUUACUGUGAUUUUUGGGAAAAUACUUCCUUGGGGGACUAAAGCUUCUACACCAGCCCGGUCCCAAACCUUGGGUAUGAGAAAAGCAUUGAGAUGUAAUAACACAUCCCUCUCCACUCUGUUUCCUAGCCUGUAGAAGAAAUAGCACCAUGACUUGGUUGCCAGUUCAGAGCUUAUGUUACAACCUGUGGGCCUGACCCAACCUUGCAAGGUAUUGUUUCUCAGCUGGCACCAUAGCUGGGUUUUCAGCAAACCAUUUCAUUAUACUCUCAAGCUAACUGCUUCCAGACUGGGGAGAUCCUGACAAGAUGAAUGAGAGCCCUUGGCAUCAACCCAUUACUUUACUUUUGCUGUAAAAUGAGUUAUUUGGUUGAAUGCAAUAUGCGGGGAUGCCACAGUGAUGUUGACAGCCUUUUGGUAAUUCCAUGGAUAUUGAUGGCGGGAGAGGCGUGAUGGGUAAGGGAAGCAAAAAAGUCCUACCCUCUUAAGCCAUGCAUUGGUGUAGGUUGAGGGGAGCCCAGCAGCAAGGCAGGAGAAAGCGUUGUGGGAGAGUGAGGGAGCAGCCCCCAGACACGGCUGACAUAGUCAGCCAUGCCUGACUAUGGCUGGGUGGGUCAGACCCUGCCUCAUGAGGGGCAGCGUGUCCAUCUGGUAUGCUCGCAGUUCAACGUUUAGGCUCCUUGUGAGCCCAGUGGUCAGCCAGAGGCCAUGUCUCAAAAGGGUAAUAGUUACUUUUUGGCCUGAGCAUCACUCGGUUCCAAACCAUAGGUUCCUCUUCUGUAUUUUUCUGACCAGGACUCACCCUAAGUGUCAUAGAGCACUCUGCUCCGCCACAGGCUCCAUGUCAUUCCCCAACAUGCCUCAAGCACCACUGAAUCUGCCGGGCCGUGAGGCCUGGUGGCAGAGCUGUGUUAUAAAGGCUUUCUCAGCUGAAGAGCCUUCACUUGCUCUAGGCCCAACCAAAGGUGGAAGUCUAAGUUAAUCAGUGAAUGGAUUGGAGCAAGAUGUCCCAGAGUGACAGUUUUGCCUGGAAUUGGGCCUUAGUAGUAAGGGAUUCAAAAUGCAAUAAUUCGUUUUAUGUUAUGGGGGGAAAUAUUCUGACCUCAACAGACCCAUUGACCCCCCCUGGAACUUUAUCAAGGGGGCAGAUCUUUGCAUUUUAACAUGAUUUAUCUCCCAUAUCUGACUCAUGUUAUGUCUUACCAAGGCAUUUAGGGAAAUUGAUGAUCUCCAGGCCCUGUUGCCAUGAUGCCAUCAGUGCAAUACUACAUUGUGGUGGUAAGGUCACUGUCCCUGUGAGCCGGGCUGUGUCAUAGAGCUGGACAGUUAAGAUAGUCUAUAUGUUUAAGCCAGGGCAGCAGUGGACUACUGCUGUCCUACCGAUGAAGAUAACUUGCUUCUGAUGUUCUUUGUUCAUCAGAAUAGAGGAAAAAAAUGAAUUCAUUAGUUCAGAGGAUUUAUACCAAAUGCCAGGAGCUGGAUAAAUUCGCUUUAGCAAGAAGAUCAUCUCUGGCACAGCACCUGCAAUUGGAGUCAUCACUAUGAAAGUUUACAACAGCCCAAAGACCUCCUGGUGUCUUGCACUGGCCGAGCUGAACUGCGGUAGGAACCACUGUGACUCACUCUCGAGUCCUUGGUGGUAUGCUACUGUCUCUAGCUACCCCGGGGGUACAGUAUUACUUUUGGUUUACCAUUUUGCUAGGGAGGGAGAAUUCUAAUGGCUUGUACUCGUCCUGUCCUGCCACAGUCGCUCUUACCCCCCAAAUCAGAGAGCCAUUGUGGGAUUUAUGCCUAUUUCAGAACUUAUCCAUUUCAGCUGUACCCUCAAAAUAACCCCUGGUUGGCUUUGAGAUUCCACUGGGUCCACUGUAGCAUAGAACUUGGUCUAUUAAUCAUCCCCGUUAAUUGGCAGACUUCAUCUUUUCCAUUGUUCCCGGAAAUUAGACUUAGCUUGGAGCUGGUGUCCUACAGAACCCCUCUCCCCAAGUUUGGGUGUUUUUCCUUCCCUUCUACAGUUCCCAGAUAUAUGAUUAUGGAUGCCUUUGGGGAAGGCUGCAAGGAAGGUUUGCAAUAUGCAUCUGAGUGUUGAAAUGAGGUUUCCCUUCAAAGAUAUUUGGCUUUGUCUCCAUUGAAGGUUUGGAAAUUAAGUGGGAGAUGUUGGUAGCUUGACCCAGACCUGUUUGCCCAACCAGAAGUCCUUAGUCGUGGUGGUAACGAGGUAACAUCUUAAGAGUCUUCUGGUCUUUUACAUUCCUGGGACCCAACAAUUGGCCAGCCACAGCUAGAGGCCUGGUUUCCCUGCCCACGCUUGUUGUGGUGACUCCCAUACUGUGUCCUUCUCUCUACCUCUGCUGCUGAGAUCAAGGAACUCAUUUCCAUGGCAGCUCUCCCAACCAGCAUUCCAGGCCUGGAGAGGAAAGCCAGCAGAGCCUCGCCAGUUUAUUUCUUAUGGCAAGGAGCAAGACCAUCCGGGUCCUGCCAGAGGACAGUGAGGGUGGAUGGAUUGGAUGCAUGCUGAGGACCCAAUAAAGCAUUCUUGCCUCCUGAAAUCUGUGAGUUCCUGCCUUUCUCAGACUUUUGGUAUUUUGAUAUAGUUUAGCAUGAUCAACAUUUGUUCCAGGUUUGUAGUAUUCAGUGCCCUCUGCCUCUAUGCCCCCGAAAUGGUAAGAACUCUUAUCUGGCUGUUUGAGUUUCUACUUUACAGAAUCUCUGGUGAGUGAACAUAUCAAAACAUAUAACCUGCACCAAAAUUAUGUACUGCUCCCUUGGUCAAACAGUCUUAGAAUGAGUUUCUAUCAAUUUUCCCUGUAUUUUUUGACAGUGUAUAUUAUCUAGUUCAUACAGUUUCUUCUGGGUAUAACUUCCUUUUCGUGAUCUGAAUCUGCCUGUCAUCCCCUGGGCUGUGUUAAGUGUGGAGUCUCGUUACUAGCAGAUCAGCUGCAUAGUGUGGGUCAGGGUCUGGGUCUCAGUUUUGUAACGUGAUGACCAUUGAGCUGAUCAAACUCAGGGAGGCCCUCUCAUUCACUAAACUUACCAGAAAAUGGAAUUUGUACACCAGAAACUCGAUUUGCUAAUUUUUAAUGAGAAAUUUAGCCAUCCAGGGGACUAGACACUAGUGUUUACCCGACAAGUAAAUUCUUCCCUUCUUUUUCUGAAAGAAAAAGCUUAAGGGUAUCCAUUAUGAGAAGGUCGUUUAGUGAGCUUAGAACAGGUCAGACAAAUCCUUAGUUCAGAUCCAGCUUUUCUAGCCAUGUGAAUUUGAGCUUGUUGCUCAACAUCUCUGACCUGAGGUGCUUUAUCUUUUUAAAAAUCUUUUCACUAAUACAUAUAGACCACCUAUCAUAUGUGAUAAUUCUCUGUCAUGGGUGCAUAAUAGUGAACGAAAUAGACAUACACUCCUCUCUGAAGAAGUUCACAGUGUGGUGGGGUAGCCAAACACUAAACAAACAUACCAAUAAGUGUAAAAUGGCAAAUGUAGUACUAAGUGCUAUGAAGCAGAAGAAUGAGAGAGAAUCCCAGCAGGGGGUGGGGCCUAAAUUAGACUGAGAGUCUUAGGAGCCAGUCUGAGGGGGUGAUAUUUGAGCUGAGAUCUGAAGGAUGUUGGUGAGAGGAAGGGGAAGGUGGGGAAGCGUUGCACCAGGAGAGGAAACAGUCUGUGCAAGGGUCCUGCGUCAGGUUACGGUAAGGGCAGAAUGAAAACUCGUGUGAUGCGUGCAGGUAAUCAAGAGGACUGUCAUGUCGCAGUAUGAGGCUCUGGGGGAGGGCCAAGCACAGGACAUCUGCAGUGGGCACUAAGGGCAGCGGUGCCAUCAGGUGGGAUCAGUUACAACUGGAAAUAAUAGAGAAGCCCGCGAGUGACAGUGGUUUUAAGCUAGAGAAAGCUAUUUCUUCCUCGGCAAGAAGUCUGUAGUAGGAGGAGAUCUGGAUGUGAGCCACCUAGGGCCGGCAUGGCAGCUCUAGGAUGUCGUCGGAACCGAGGCUUCUCUCUGCUCUGUCUUCUCAACCCAACCAAGGGUAAUAAUUGAUCCUAAGUGCAACAUCAUGAAUAGAAGAACUAAAAUAGUAAUGCAGCUGUCAAACACUACACAGUUAAAUCUUCGUGUAUAUAGUGGUAAACAGAUAACAUCUAAAGUUGAAAAUAAAAUAUCUAUAUUUAUGUAUCA